UGCAUAAUACUCGUAUUAGAGGAGCAGGAACUGAAAAUCGCCGUAUCAACUGCUUUGCAAUUACAUUUCCAACAGUGAUUUUCAAGUAUCAGUGCUGCUUUGGUCCCGCAACUGCUCGCCAGUAGCAGUAGUAUAUCGUUUGGAGAUAUUGGUAGGUUGUUGAGAUCUCGAUUGAUAUAGUUUGAUUGCGUGUGUUCGGUGGAGGAAAGUAGAAGUGUAGUUUAGUGGUGUUUCGGAUGGUAAUAUAUCAGCAUAAGUACGUUGAUUUUAGUGUAUUACAAGUGACACUGCAACUCGAGUUGUGAUCCAUUGUCUUGGCAGUUACCACACCUAUCCAAAGAUGAUGUAACAGCUGACGUCAGCAGUAACCAAUAGGAGGUUGACUUAAGAUCAUAACAAGACCAUGUUUGACAUGGAUCAGCAAUUUUCCUUACGCUGGAACAAUUAUGUCAGUCAGCUCACCGACGCCUUCGGUUCUCUCCGAUAUGAGGAAGACCUGGUGGACGUGACACUGAGUUGUGAAGGAGGAAGGUUGAAAGCACACAAAAUGCUACUCUCAGCAUGUAGUUCAUAUUUUCGUGAUAUUUUUAAGGAGAAUCCGUGUCAGCACCCUGUAAUUGUUUUCCGCAAUGUUAAGUUAAGAGAUCUACAAGCGAUCUUGGACUUUGUUUAUAAAGGAGAAGUAAAUGUUCUGCAGGAACACCUCGAAUCAUUCUUAGGGACUGCAGAAUUAUUGGAAAUCAAAGGCUUGACUGAAGGCAAUGGAAAAGAAAUCACGUUAGAAGAGAAAGAAGAAGAAUGUAGUGGUGUUACAUCAAAGAAUGGUCAGAGAAUAGUGAGAGAAAGAGUUCAGCUCGACACAAGAACUGCCUCUCAGUUAUCACCCAAACGUGCCUCCGCUCGGUCAAAGAGUCCACCAGUCAAGAAGCGGAGAAUGUUGAGCAGCCGAACCAAGCCUUCUGAAAGAAAUCAAAGUGAAGUUGAAGAGGAAACAGAUGAGGCUCCCAUUGAUGUGAAGAUUGAGGAAGAGGAGUUAGCCGAAGAACUAAGUUUUGAAGAAGAUGAGGAAAACUUGAAGAUGCCUCUCAGCCCUACUUCUGAUCCACUACAUGUACCUGAUGAUUCUCAGUCAUCCUUUGUGAACUUGGAGUCAUCUUCAACAAAAGCUACCUCAAUUUCAUUAAAAAUGGGAAAUAAGAAAAAUAAAAGCUCUGCAGAAGACGCAAAAAAAGAAAGAACUCGAGAAAGGGAACUUGCCAAUGCAAAAAAUCGCAGAUACAAAGCAAAUUUGUCUGAAGAAAAGUUAGAAAAAAAACGGCAAAGAGAUAGAGAACGGUACCAUCGCUUAAAACAGGAAAAAAAAAUAAAGUUGGUUGGUGAAAUGACAGAAAAAGAGAAGAAACAGAACAGAAAAGUUUGGAGAAAACGAAAGGCUGCGCUUAGAAAGAAGAAUAAAGAAGAUGAAGAGUUAUUAAGAAACACUCCACCCAACAGUGACACUGAAGACUUAGCAUUUACCGAGAGAUUCUCGUCAAAAGCAAGUUGAUCCAAACAAGUUCUUCCUCAAAUAGAUCAUUUUGUUUGUGUUUUGCACAUGGUCAAUAAACUUAACUUUAGAGUCUCAUCUUAAGUUUGGGUUAGGUUUUUAAUUUUUAUAAUUCACAAAUAUUGUGAAAUUUUCUUGUCUUUAUAAAUUUAUAUUUAUUAAACGAAAUUAUUUAAAUCAAUGAGUGGAAACGUAUUACAUCUUCAAUUUUUUUAUUUAGGGAUCAGUGCCUCACUGUUACAUAUUGUUAUACUUUUAUGAUAAUGCAAAAAAGGAGUUAAACACGAUUCAAGGA